AUGGCAGAAAGACGCCAAACAAAGCGCCGCCGAUAUGAUAGCGAUGUUUCUACACCAGGUUAUAGUUCACCGGAUGAGCUGUCAAACGAUAAACCAAUUCGUCCUUCUACUAGUACGCGUCGCGAUUCAACACGCCGGCAAUCAAGAACGUAUUCUAGUGAUGGCAGCGCAGAUGAACUAGACCAUACACAUCCUCGUCAUCGAAGCCCGCGAAGCCCUCGAAGUCGUCGAAAUUCUCAUCAUUCAAGAAGCAGAUCAACUUCUGAAGACUCACCUCGUUCGACGCAUUCCUCACCCUCACCCUCAGCUCACAAACCUCUAAGGCUCAACUACAAAUGCAAGUUUAUAUUGAGGGGCCAUCGAAAAGGAGUUGCGCAGGUAAGAUAUUCGCCCAAUGGACGAUGGAUUGCUAGUUGUUCUGCAGAUGGCACAAUCAAAAUUUGGGAUGCGCAAACCGGAAAGCAUUUACGAACUAUGGAAGGACAUCUUGCAGGUGUCUCGACGAUAGCUUGGAGCCCGGAUUCAAAUACCAUAGCUUCUGGCUCGGAUGAUAAGGUUAUAAGACUCUGGGAUCGGGCCACUGGUAAACCAUAUCUUACACCAUUACUUGGUCACCAUAAUUACGUCUAUUCGGUGGCUUUCUCUCCAAAAGGCAAUGUGAUAGCUAGUGGAAGCUAUGAUGAAGCUGUUUUCCUGUGGGACUUACGUGCGAGAAGGCAGAUGAGAAGUUUACCGGCGCAUUCGGAUCCUGUUGGUGCGGUGGAUUUUAUAAGAGAUGGGACUCUGGUAUGCAGUUGCUCCACUGAUGGACUCAUUGGUAACCAAGGAUUUAUCAAUUCUGGUAGUGAAGAUGGCGACAUUUUAUUUUGGGACGUGAGUACGAAGGAGUUAAUACAGAAGGUUCACGGGCAUGACGGUGUAGUUUGUUGGGUUGAUACUGCUCCUGGACCAAAUGGAGCAGUGGUUAGUGGUGGUUUGGAUGGUACGGUACGAAUAUGGGUUGAUGUAGGGGAUGAAGGUGGAGCUGCGCGACUAGAUGAUUUACAUCUUGAAUCGAAGGACAGGCAUGAUGUGAGGCAUGAAAGUCGAGAAGACGAAGAUAUGAAUGGUUAUAGAGAUGAAGAUGGAGAUGAGGAAAUAAGUCGAAGGAGAUAUAGUAAUGAUACCCCAAGAGAUGAUAUGAGUAUUGACAGGGAGAGAUCUCGCGAUAGGGGAAGGGAUAGAAGCGAGUUACGCAGUCCUGAGAAAAUGGAGGAAGGCUAG